GAAGAGCAGAGAGCAGAAGCUCCGAAGCUGAAGAAAAAUGGCGGCAACGAGUGACAGAGAAAUGGAGUUGCUGCUCUCGAGCUUCGAUCAGAUUUACCAAGGAAUGUGUGGAAAAUGGCUGCCUUAGACGGUAAUCGAUCGCUUAAAUUGAAUUUCAGGACUUCAAGAGCGGGAUGGAGGAGAUCCAACUGCUGAAAUCGAACUGUCAGGCCGAAACAAAAAGGCGGGAGGCUCUCGAAAUUGCUUGCCAUAGUGUUAAGCAAGAUAAUGAGAGACUAACAAAGCUGUACACCAAUUCUAUGAAAAAUUUGGCUGGUCAGGUGUCUGGAUUUCUUGAACACCACUUAAAAUGCCAAAGAUUGGAAGAGGAGCUGAAGAGAGUAACUGCUGAACAUCAGGAUAUUGAAAAUGAGCAUAAAAGAACUCUCGAAGGGUUAAAGCAAGAUUAUGCAGCCAAAUUUGGAGAAUUGGAGGCUCAGAUUAGGUCAAUUUCUCACAUUGACAUCGAGUGUUCUCGAAAUGCAUUAAUGCUUUCUUUAGCUGACGGACAAAUGCCUGUUGACAUAAGAUGCUUUGAAAGCCAAAAACAAUCAGAUGAAGCGACCAUAAAUCAUCUCUGCCAGGAUUUAGCGGCACACAAGAGUCAUAUCCACUCUCUGGCAAGCAGGUUGGAGCAGGGGCACUUUUAUUUCAGUUCAAAAUAUCAGGCUGAGAUUCAGGACUUGAGAGACUGCCUUCUGCUCGAACAGGAAGAGAAGAAUGGGUUGAGUAAGAAACUUCAAGCUUUGGAAAAAGAAUGUUUUUAUUCUUUUGAUGCAGUGUUGAUGAGCAGAACAAAGCUGGCUCAAGGGCAAAAAACCUCGGUUUCGAGCCAGCAGGUUGAGGCACUGAAGCAGAAGAUCAUGAAGUUGAGAAGAGAGAAUGAAAUUCUCAGAAGGAAGCUUCAAAGUUCUCAGGAGGGCUAGCUAGUCCAAUAUCUGAUGCAUUCUGUACUGUGGACAUAUAAUUAGAUGUAUUUCCAGGAAAAGUUAUCGCGUAUUUUCUGCUGAAAUUGUUUGGCCGCUUCAACUACUUAUCAGCAAUCGCGAGCUGUUAGAGGAGAAGGAUACGCUCUUGACUGGAAAAUCCAGGGAAGAAGCAGCUUCUACACACAACUUUGAAGGAAAAGAAGAAGUUUCUGGUUGAUGAUUACAGUCAUGUUUUGUUUACAAGAUUGUCAAACAAGGAAGAAAUCACGAGGAUUUCAGCAUGAAUGCAUCGGUCACUUAAUGUGUCACUGCAGUGGAUUAAGUUAGAUCCAACACAAAUGGGAUCAUGUCCAGCCUUGGGGCUGGCCUGAUUUUCUUGGAGUCAUCGUAGUGUAGCUAAGAGGGACCAUCUAAGUUUGCCUUCUCGACUAAGUUCUUGGACCCAGUUCGGUUUAACAGCCCUGCCGAACAAGCCUCAUAAAGAUCACAAGAAGCCGUUUGUCAGUUUACUUGGGGGAUUCAGUUUCCUGAGCUUUCUUUCCUUUGACGGAAAGUCUUUAUACGGAUGGUAAGUUUUCAAUUUGGCCCCUGAAGUUACCCUUUUGUUUUCAUAAGCCACAAAAGUCUCAAACCUGUUAGAUGUCUCUGCUAUGAUUAUCUGGAACAAAUAAAAUGCUACAUUAGGUUCUU